GCUCACAUUCCUUUUCCUUCUUUCAUUCGAAAGACGUGCGAGGUGCGAAGAGCGUGUGAAGUGUUGUGUAUUUUCUGCUGGUCGUGUUAAAUAAUCAAUUUCUAUCCAAUUAUUAAAAUAUUUUUACUUUUAAAAUGUUCAAACUUUUGAAUCUGCACCAGAGGCUGAAUUCGGCACCUUUUUGGCCGGCUAUAGCCCGCUUAUGCUCGACUCAAGUGACCGCAUCGGUUCCGGUUCAAUCGCCGAGCUCUGCUUUGGUCACACCAGGCGAUUCCGAUGUGCCGGAUAAACUUUACAGCCGGCUGGAACUUCAAAUGAAAGGUAUAGAUCCAGAGGUUAUGAAGAGCUACGCCUAUUUUGCCAAAACCGCCGCGGAACACUUGGACAUCGAAGUCGGAAAGCACUGGGCGCUGCGAAAAUCCGUCAAAGAUCGGUUGACCCUGUUGAAAUCUGUGCACGUCUAUAAGAAACAUCGGGUGCAGUACGAAAUCCGAAACUACUAUCGAUUUAUGCACUUCCACAAGCUAACCGGAUCAACGAUGGAAACCUUUCUAGAGUAUAUUGAGCGAAAUCUACCGGAAGGGGUGGCCCUCAAGGUAACAAAGGUAGAGCUACAGACACUACCCGAGCAUUUGAACUCAGAGGGAGCGUGAAAGUUGAAGGUUUGAAACUGUCAUUAGAAAUUAGUAUCAAAUUAAAAAUAUAUAUAAGGGCUCGUGCGCACCUUUGUAACCUC